UAUAAUCUCAUACCGCGCGCCAGCCAAUCUCUUAAGGCUUUUCAAGAUAUACCGAUGCUUGUUAUUUUUUUGUACCAGCAUCACAAAGCCGAUGUUUAUUCCGGUUCGCCGAAAGAUCAAACUAUGGAUCUGUUUUCAGGCGAUGGAGUUUUUGCUGUGUUGUCUUGACUUUCUGAGCAUACAGAUAUUGAGCGAACAGAAAGCAGACGAUAAAUACAAUAAGGCCUUGGCGGAUGAGUUCUACACAGCUCAGUCCAAAAUGUUGGCUUAUCUAAGCAUAAUGGGGAAGAUCCGAGAAGUAACAGCUUGCACCUUCCUGUUUAUGGAUCAAAUACUGGCCAACGGCGAUAGAUUUGUAAAUGGUGUCCUUUCCCUCCUUGAACAAUGUCCUGCAGAAUUAAUUGUUGUUAGAAAGGAUGUGCUGAUUACGUUAAAGUUCUUUUUCAUUUCGGAUUUACGUCCAAAAUUCAUUCAGCUUUUGCCUCGACUUCUAGGAUAUUUUUACCAAACCAUGGCAGAUUUUCUCCACCAUGUCAGAGCAUCUCUGUCGUUCGAUAUGCUCGCACAUGUUGCCUUUGUGUUCUGUCGUGAGCUGCACGACAAUUUGUUGCCGUAUCAGAUUCAAGUCAUCUGUGCAAGGAUGUUAAGUAGUGUGCUGGAGGGAUUGUCUAAACAUGGCAAGGAAGGAGAAGCGUCCAAUCAAGUUAAGCGUCGUCAAACAAGUUAUUUUUCCUUACAGACACGCGAUUUGGUUUUGAUGAUUCUCGAAAGCUUGGUAGUGAAGAUGAAAGUGAUCGCUGUUUAUCAUUUGCCUAUGCUUUUCAAGCAACACGGAGCCGAAAUUUGUUACGACUAUAAGUCCUGCGAUCGCGAUGGGUACGCUGUAUGCAGUUUUUAA